AUGUCUCGAUACUCUCCAAUUGCGCCAUCCUCCCUCACUGCCGACCAGCAUAAAGCUUACGACGAAGCGUCGGAGAUCUGUUCGAGCGUAUUCGGCGACAAAUUCCUCUACAAAAAUGAAGAUGGUGCCUUUAUAGGUCCAUUUGCUCCUCUGCUCUUCACACCCACCCUCGUCGAUCCAUUCUUCAAGCUCGUCGUUGAGCUAGGGAAGCUCCCAGGUCUGCCGGGUUCAGCACGAGAAGUCGCCAUUUUAGCGACGGGAAGCAGAUUCCAAUCCAAGUACGAACUGUAUGCACAUGAACGGGUUGCCGCCUUUACAAGCCUCACGGCGGCUCAGAUCGGAAGUGUGAAGAGUGGGAAGAAGCCUUUUGGAGACAAUGCUCUUGAUGAGCAAGGAAACGUUGCCUUUGACGUGGCUAUAGAGCUUUCACAUAAGCAGGGUCCGAUGACCGAAGCUAAUUGGAAGCGGGCAGAGCACGCUUUUGGGAAGGAAGGUACGGCAGCGCUGAUACAAUAUGUUGGUGUGUACGCUUACACUUGCAUUCUACUGAACGGGGUGGAUGCACCAGUGCCCCAAGGAGAGAGAUGCUAG